AUGACCGAGCUUCUUUUUAGACUCGAUAUGGAAGUUUAUCGUGCUAUGCGCUUAGUUUUUCCAGACCCCGUGGUUCUUCUUAUUUCGAUUCUGGGUCUUGCUUAUCUAUCUCGUUGGGAAAAACAACAAAUCUUUCAAGCACGCCGUGCAAUUCCUGAAGAACCGAUUGAAGAGCAAACUGAAACCAUUCCUCCAGAAUCCGAACUCUCAACAGGAUUCAUACAACCACCAGAAGUCCCACGAGUUGGAAGAUCCCCUCCCCCUGUUGCUACGGUUGCAUUUCCCAACAUCUGGAUGCUCAAUCUUACAACUGUUGUUUUAGUGGGGGCAGCAGGGUUAAUUGUUCCCUCUCUCCUUUACGCUUUCUAUCUCAUCGGUUUCUACUUCACUUGCACUUACUGGUCAUCUUGCAAGACUGUUUACUAUCGCAAAUUAGUCUGGUCACGUAUUACCCUCCUAAUCUACAGUGCUUUCCACUUAUGUCUUCUCUAUCUCUACCAAUUCCAGUUCGCACAACUUAUUCUUCAAGACGGAUCUUUCACUGCUCGACUCUUGGGAUUAAAUUAUAUACUUAGAUCUGAUUGCACAUGCCCUGGAGAAAUUAUCUUCCCCUCUGAUAAGCCUCUCUUUGUCUUCUUCGCUCCUCUAAUGACCCUUUUUGUCUAUCUCUCAGUUGCAGUGGAAUUAGUUGCAAGUGAUGAAGCUGAUUUGCACGGAGGAGUUCCAAAAUGGAUUCUUCUUCGAAAUUUGAAUCUCUCUUCCCCGUCAAGUCGGCAUUCACUACUUCAGCAACAGAGGGAUCAGAAUUCAAUGGAUGAUAAUAAUCAUCAUGAACCGUCUACCAGUUUGAAUGAACCGCUAUUGCAAAAUACCAAUCAAAGUGCUGGAAAUAAUGUUAUUCUGGUUGACUCUCGUAGAUCUCAUAGUGAACAGGCAAAUGGAAAUCUACCACUUAUCGAUCUGGAUGAUCCGCCCACUACUGAAACUAUUGUACCAAUACGCGUCGGAGAGCCCGAAAUCCCACUCGUUGUACGUCCAGUAUCUGCGAGUAUACUAACUGGACGGUCUCAACCCGUCUAUGAUGUCUUUCCAUUCAUGGUGGCUGCUCGAUAUCGUCACAAAUUUUCCUUCGAUGGUCACUUCAUUGUCAAUGACGAUGCAACCUUUUCACCUCUUACCCAGCGACCCCUUCUUCUUAGUUUCCUCAAUUCCGCCAUCCGCAAUAGCUACAUUCUCACCUUUAUCGCUAUGAUGGCCUGGAGUGUGAUAUUUCGCAGUUGGUUGUCUUUCAUUCUCCUCCUCUCCGCGUGUUUCCUGUGGAUUCUUCCCAACUCUCGCUUAGCUUGCCUCUACUGCAGUCCACUUAUUGUGGCGUAUGGAAUGGUCAUUAUCAUUUUGCAAUACAUCUACUCUUUCGAUCUCACCGAAUCGGAGCUGCCAACUUAUAUCCCCGAUAGGAACCUGAAUCUCACUGAAAUCGGCUUACACCGCUGGCCCAUACCUGUGUGGCCGCUUUCUCUGCAGGUACCAGUUAAUGCUCCUUUCCGCCUUACCGAAGGUCCUAGCCUCUUCUUCAUGGUGUUCUUUUGGUUGAACCUGCGCCUCUUCGUUCUGGAACGCAGUUCUAACAGAUCUGGGGUAAACAGCAGUGAAAACAACAACAGUGGAACAACCACCGUCACUGCACCCGGAUUAGCAGCUCUCGCCGGAAGUGGGGGUGGCGCUGGAACUGUGGAAGAGGGUGUGGAAGUGACUGCCACUACCUCCAAUGAAUAUGGAGGUAUCGCUGUGGUGGAUAAUGUGCGGUAUCGAAAAUUCAGUAAGUUGGCGAAUGUAACUUAG